AUGCUUCAAGAACGACUGAAUGACGCGGCUAUUGCCCUCAACUAUCACCUGACCCAAAACCAAACUCCCCAUGGUAUAUUCGGUGGCUACGCUAUUACCGUCCUAGGCAAAACCCGAGAGACCGAUAAUAUUGACUGUCUCGCCUCCAUCACCAAGCAUGAAUGUAUCACUCUCCUGAAUGGAAAGAGUGGAUUCGUGGCCAAACCUCGACCUCGACAGGACUGGAUCCAAUUCGAGUGGUCGGAAGAAUCCGGCGAACCAGGAAGCCCAAUUCGUGUCAAGAUCAUCUGUGAGAUGUUUGGAGGUGCCAAAUACAACAUGAGCGGCGUACAACCCAUUUCCCGUUCAGUCGAAGGGCGAUAUUUCAGGAAAGGCCCCUGCUGCCUCCUUGAUCCGUUUCUCAUCUUCAAAGGCAAAGUCUGCGUCGCAGCAUCUCGGUCGAAAUCCCGCGAUUUCGAAGAUAUCCAAUGGUUGGCUGAUCGGUAUGGCCCAGUUAUUCGGGAACGAUGGAGGGAGAUCAAACCGCGGUAUAUUGGUUUUGCGAUGAGAAGACACCCCGAGCUUGAACAUCUGUUUGGUCAGUUGCAGGUGGAUAUUAGCGAGGCUAAAGCAUUUGUCCAUGGUGUUCCAACCCCUUCGGCUGUUACAGAACCGGCGGUUGGGGAGGCUCAUGAGGGAUUACUGGGAUAG